UCUGUGUUCCUUUCGUGCUCUGCAGCAGUCUAUCGAACUUGACUCGCAUAUUUUCCUCCGCAGGCUUCCGAAGGAGGCUUCGCCAUAGCAGCGUUAUCUCCGCGCACGUUCGCGUCCAUGGCUUCCCCGCGCGGACACUUCCCCGCGGCAUCUCCGCGGAGCUUCGCGCCCACGACCCCCACGAGCCAACUUUUAGGGGAUACCUUCAUGAACCAAGGCUCAGGAGCUGGCGGUUCAGUAGGGUUAGAGGAGCUUCAAGAUGCGUACCUGUCAGAGCUGCUAUCGUACAGCCUAGAUCGACUAAACAAGGAGCCGGAGCUGCUGCGCUCCGAUGCGGAGAGGGUGCAGCGGCAGAUGCAGGAGGUGGCGGUGGCGCAUUACCGCGCGUUCAUCACCGCCGCUGAUGCCAUCGGGUCCAUUCACCGGGAGAUUGCCUCCAUCGACCAACACCUGGGAUCGCUGGUGUCGGAGAUCCCAAAGCUCACGACGGGGUGCAACGAGUUCCUGGAGGAGGCGCAGGGGGUGGUGGAGAAGAGGCGGCUGAACAAGACGAUGCUUGCCACCCACCCCACGCUCAUGGACCUGCUAGAGAUCCCGCAGCUCAUGGACACGUGUGUGCGCAACGGGAAUUACGACGAGGCUUUGGAUCUGGAAGCAUUCGUGGCGAAACUGACAACCAUGCAUGCCAAGCUGCCGGUGAUCCAGCAGCUGGCAGUGGAGGUGCGGCACACCACACAGGCCAUGCUGUCGCAGCUGCUGCUCAGACUGAGAUCCAACAUCCAGCUGCCCGAGUGUCUGCGUGUGAUCGGCUACCUCCGGCGAUUGGCAGUAUUCUCAGAAACAGAAAUGCGACUGCAGUUCCUGCGGUGCAGGGAGGCGUGGCUGGGGGAGGUGGUGUCUGAGCUGGACCCUUCCUCGCCCUACGACUACCUGAAGCGCCUCACGGACUGCCACCGCGUGCACCUCUUCGACGUCGCCACGCAGUACCGCGCCAUCUUCGCCCACGACUCUCCCUCUUCCGCCUCACCGGGAGAUUCAUCGAACCUGGAAGAGGAUUCGGCUGCACUCGCUGCGCUGCUGGGAGAGAAAGCCACAGGGGGAGGAGCGCCAGGGGGAGGGGCAGGGGGAGCAGUGGGGGGAGUGUUGGGGAAGUACGGGAAGGGCAGGGGGGGAGGCGGGGCGGUUUUGGCUGGGUGGGGGGGUGGGGGCGCGGGGGGCGAUGGGGGGCUGGUGUAUGGUUGGGCCAUGCAUCGAGUGGCAGUGUAUUUGGCAGCGCUGGCACGGCACCUGCCGAGGAUAGAGGAUGGGGGGUCGUUGGCCAGCGUGCUAGAACAUUGCAUGUACUGUGGCAUGAGUCUUGGCCGGGUGGGGCUGGAUCUCAGAGGUCUCCUGCCGCCCCUCUUUGAAUCCUGUGUGCUCCGAAUGUUCCAGCGCAACGUCUCCUGUGCAGUAGACUCAUUCCAUCACGUGUUGGACACGCACAGAUGGGUGCCGCUGCCAUCCAUGGGCUCUGCUGCUCGCAUGGGCAUGGGCCUGGGGGGUGACUCCCUUGAUGACGUGGCGCCUCCCUAUUCGCUCAUGGAGCAUCCGCCGCUCGCUGCCUUUGUGAACGGCAUUCUUGCCGCACUCAACGAGUUGCGUCACUGCGCGCCGUCGUCUCUCAGGCAGCAGCUGGCAGGGGAGGUGGAAAGAGCGCUGGCUGUAGUGGCUGCGUCUCUGGCUCGCUACAGCCACACGCACAUAGUCAAGGACUCUGAGGCUGCACUCUUUAUUGGCACGUGCCGGGCUUUCGUAGAGGUGGUGUGCCCCUAUGUGGCUCUGUGCUUCUCCCGCUGCUACGGCUCUCCAACCACCCUCGUAUCCACUCAGGUGGCAUGCGAGCCUGUGAGGCAACUCAUUCUCGCCUCCAUGCCCCCCGCCCCUCCUGCUGCUGCUGCUGAUGCUGAUGGUGAUGCUAGUAGUGCGGGUGAGGGGCAGGAGGUGGGGGAGGGGCGGAGUGGGGAUGGGGAGAUUAGAGAAGGUGAGGUGGGUGAAGGGGAGAAGCAGGUGGGAGAUGGUGAGGGGGAAGGAGGUGGUGAUGGGAAGGUGUCUGGUGAUGGUGACUUGGCGCCUGAUGGUCAAUCAGAAGCGGCAAGGGCAGGAAAGGGAGGCGCAGGAGCAGCAGGAGAUGAUGUGGCGUCAGUUCAAGGGUCGGUACCUCCAGCAUCUGCAGAUACAGCACUAGUUGAGAGGAGCUGAAGCGGAAAAGCAGGGUCAGCAGCAAGUUUUUUGGAAACGACUAACUAGAGAAUGAUGAUCAAUUUGGAGUGAGCUUGUAGGACUAGCCAAUCAGUGGAACUCCUGGGGACUAACCAAUCAAUAAAACCCCUUGGACUGACCAAUCAGUGAAGCUGUUGGGCCCAUCAAUGGCAAAGCUACAAGACAAGACUCCCAUCCAUGUUUCAAGCCACAGAGCUUGGGUCUUUGGAGGAACCACUUAACCAAUAUACAACUGUUGACAAGCAACCCUGAUCCGUUGAAUGGUUUGAUAGUCCGGGGGAUGUGGGCUAGUCGAGAUUUUGUUGCUCAACUCUACUUCCAUUCCAUGGUCACUAG